UCUAACUCCUUUUCCCUUUCUCCCCCAAUUGACAUCUUUCUAGGGUUUCGUAUCUCGCUCUUCUUCGAGGAAUCGAUCUUGUGCAAUAAUAACAGGUUUGUCAGUUUCUCAAUUCAUUGUUUGCUUCGGAACAGCAACCUUUGUCUUUACCAAAUUAUCAAACUUGGGCUUGUGAAUAUUUGAUCUUAAUUAGGGGGUGGUUAAGCAAUGGGGAAGAGGAAGUCAAGGGCAAAGCCGGCUACAACGAAGCGAAUGGACAAGCUUGACACUGUCUUCAGCUGUCCUUUUUGCAAUCACGGCUCUAGUGUCGAAUGCCAAAUUAAUAUGAAGGAGAUGAUUGGUAUUGCCACUUGUAGAAUCUGUGAAGAAAGCUUUAGCACUACUAUCACAGCUUUGAGUGAAGCUAUAGACAUCUACAGCGAAUGGAUUGAUGAGUGCGAGAGGGUCAAUACUGUGGAAGAUGAUGUUGAGCAAGAAGAGGAAGUAGAGGAAGAAGAAGUAUAUGAACAAGAAGAAGAAGUGGAGGAAGAGGAUGAUGAAGAUGAACGUGUGUCUGUUAAAAGGAAGUUUAACUACCGAGACGAUUGAUCUUUUUAUUGAAAACCAUGCAAGUCCUUUUAGACAUUUCCCUUAUGUUGUAAUAUCUACUGACACUCGUUGUUACCUAUCACCUUCGUUUCCUUUUGUUUUACAUUUACUGAAACAGUAAUCUCAGCUCUGUA